AUGACCUCCAACGAGCCUCUCCCAGAACAUCUGGAUCCAAAAACUUACCCGCGCAUACAUCAUGACGCAGCUCACAAUAUCCACGUAACGCUCACCUACGACGUCCUGGACGCAAACACCUAUCUCUCACAAACCUCCUCCCCCGCAGCGGGCGCAAACAUUCUCUUCCUCGGAACCACACGCGAUACCUUUGAGGGACGCUCGGUCUCUCAACUCAGCUAUACCACAUAUCCACCACUUGCGUUGAAGACGCUCGCGAAGAUUGCGGCGGCUGCCGUUGAAACCCAUAAGCUUGAGGGCGUGAGCAUUGCGCAUCGGCUGGGCAUUGUGCCUAUUGGGGAGGCUUCGAUCGCUAUUACAGUUAGCUCUGGGCAUCGUGGAGCGGCAUGGAGGGCUGGCGAGGAGGUCUUGGAGGCUUGUAAAGAGAAGGCGGAGAUUUGGAAGAGGGAAGAGUUCGUUGAUGGGGGGAUGGAGUGGAGGGCAAAUGCUGAUAGAGAUGCUGAAGGGAGGCUUUUGAAGAAGGAAGAAGCAUGA